GAUGGCUGCGCCCUUGCAGAAGUGCUGAAGAAGUGCCUCUCCGGAGCCAUUCUCGGAAUUGUGUCAGAUUUCAGCAGAAACCGUUGCCCCAAAUAAGCUACCAGGGUCGCUGGUUUGUAAAAAAAAAAAAAAAAAAGACCAUACGACCCCCAGUUCAUCGACAAUUGUGGUCGGUGCUUCGUGUGGCUGUGGCAGACUGUCCGUGUGAAGAUGGGCCUCGUCUCCAGCCCCUUCCCAUAGCGACGAGCCGUGGGGAGAGGAGCCGCAGAUUCCCAUGCAAACACGCACCCGUCCAGCUCGGAUUUGACGGGUUUGACAUACUUUACAGGCUGUGGACGCUGCCCUACAAUUUUCUAACUAGGAUUGUUUGUGCGACCGUAUCUGUCAUCGUCCGGAGACGGAGAGGUUCCUCAGCCGGGGUCGAUAAUCCCACCGCACCAAGGGCCCUGAUGAAAAUGGACUCAGACUUGCUUCACUCGCCGGCCGUGGGCCUGGCAGAGGAAGAAGAGGCUGACAUGAAUGACUGGAAACUACCCCUGGCCUUCAUGAAGAAACGGCACUCAGAGAAGAUUGAGGGCUCCAAGGCCUUGGCACAGAGCUGGAGGAUGAAGGACAGGAUGAAGACCGUCAGUGUUGCACUGGUGUUGUGUCUCAAUGUGGGAGUGGACCCUCCUGAUGUCGUCAAGACUUCCCCCUGUGCCAGACUGGAGUGCUGGAUAGAUCCUCUGUCGAUGAGUCCACAGAAAGCCCUGGAGACCAUCGGGGCCAAUCUGCAGAAGCAAUAUGAAAAUUGGCAACCCAGGGCGCGUUACAAACAGAGUCUGGACCCCACAGUAGACGAGGUGAAGAAGCUGUGCACGUCACUGAGACGGAACGCCAAAGAGGAGCGCGUCCUCUUCCACUACAACGGCCACGGGGUACCACGGCCCACUGUCAAUGGAGAGAUCUGGGUCUUUAAUAAGAACUACACCCAGUACAUCCCGCUGUCCAUCUAUGACCUGCAGACGUGGAUGGGUAGCCCGUCCAUCUUUGUCUAUGACUGCUCCAACGCGGGAAUCAUCGUCAAGUCUUUUAAACAGUUUGCCCUGCAGAGAGAGCAGGAGCUGGAGGUGGCAGCUAUCAACCCCAGCCACCCGCUCGCCCAGAUGCCCCUGCCACCAUCCAUGAAGAACUGCAUCCAGCUUGCGGCCUGCGAAGCCAGCGAGCUGCUGCCCAUGAACCCUGACCUCCCUGCUGACCUCUUCACCUCCUGCCUCACCACACCCAUCAAGAUCGCCCUUAGAUGGUUUUGUAUGCAGAAGAGUGCAAAGUUGGUGCCAGGGGUGACGUUAGACCUCAUCGAGAAGAUCCCUGGAAGGCUCAACGACAGACGCACCCCCCUCGGAGAGCUCAACUGGAUCUUCACAGCCAUCACAGACACGAUCGCCUGGAAUGUGCUGCCUAGAGAUUUGUUCCAGAAGUUAUUUCGUCAGGACCUGCUGGUGGCCAGCUUGUUCCGCAAUUUCCUUCUAGCAGAGAGGAUAAUGAGGUCCUACAACUGUACACCGGUCAGCAGUCCCCGUCUACCCCCGACAUAUAUGCACGCCAUGUGGCAAGCGUGGGACCUGGCUGUGGACAUCUGCCUCUCUCAGCUGCCCACCAUCAUUGAAGAGGGCACUGCCUUCAGACACAGUCCUUUCUUUGCGGAGCAGCUGACAGCGUUUCAGGUGUGGUUGACGAUGGGUGUAGAAAACAGAAACCCUCCUGAGCAGCUCCCUAUAGUCCUACAGGUCCUCCUUAGUCAGGUGCAUCGGCUUCGCGCUCUAGACCUGCUUGGACGGUUUCUGGAUCUGGGUCCUUGGGCCGUCAGUCUGGCCCUGUCGGUGGGGAUCUUCCCCUACGUCCUAAAGCUGCUCCAGAGUUCAGCCAGAGAGCUGCGGCCACUGCUGGUCUUCAUCUGGGCGAAAAUCCUGGCUGUGGACAGUUCAUGCCAGGCUGACCUGGUUAAAGACAACGGACACAAGUACUUCCUGUCGGUGUUGGCUGACAGUUACAUGCCAGCUGAGCAUCGGACCAUGGCUGUCUUCAUAUUAGCUGUUAUUGUCAACAGCUACACCACAGGACAGGAGGCCUGUCUGCAGGGCAAUCUAAUAGCCAACUGCCUGGAGCAGCUGUCGGACCCUCACCCCCUGCUCCGCCAGUGGGUGGCCAUUUGCCUCGGCCGAAUCUGGCAGAACUUUGACCCGGCGCGCUGGUGUGGAGUUCGGGACAGUGCCCACGAAAAGCUCUACACCCUGCUGUCAGAUCCCAUUCCUGAGGUGAGGUGUGCAGCUGUUUUUGCUCUGGGGACGUUUGUGGGGAACUCCGCUGAGAGGACGGACCACUCCACCACCAUCGACCAUAACGUGGCCAUGAUGCUGGCCCAGCUCAUCAACGACGGCAGUCCUGUAGUCCGCAAGGAGCUGGUUGUUGCACUGAGUCACUUGGUUGUCCAGUAUGAGAGCAACUUCUGUACAGUUGCCCUUCAGUUUAUAGAGGAAGAAAAGAACUACUCAGUGCCGUCACCAGCCAACACUGCAGAGCCCGGCAACCUGACGCCAGUGAGGGACAGCCCGGCCAUCCCACGCCUGCGAUCGGUCAACUCCUACACCAACAUCCGAGCUGCCACCACUGCCCGCCUGAACAAGAGCCUGCAGAACCUCAACCUCAAUGAAGAGGGUGGACCACCAGCCUUCUCUCCUGGUAACCUGAGCACCAGCAGCAGCGCCAGCAGCACCCUGGGGAGUCCAGAUAACGACGAGUACAUCCUCUCUUUCGAGACCAUUGACAAAAUGAGACGGGUUUCCUCCUAUUCAUCCCUCAACUCCCUCAUAGGUGUGUCCUUCAACAGUGUUUAUACUCAGAUCUGGAGAGUGCUGCUACAUCUCGCCGCAGACCCUUUUCCUGAAGUAUCGGAUCUGGCUAUGAAGGUCCUCAACAGCAUAGCAUACAAGGCAACGAUGAACGCCCGACCGCAGAGGAUCCUGGACUCUGGAUCUCUCACCCAGUCAGCCCCAGCCAGCCCCACCAGCAAGGGAACGCACAUCCACCAGGCUGGUGGCUCUCCUCCCAUGCCCAGCACCAGCAGCUCCAGUCUGACCAACGAGGUGCCCAAACCCCCUGCCCGGGAUCAGCCGGCCACACGGCCUCCCUACACCCCCACGCUCGGAGGACAGGCGCCUCACUCGCACCAGUUCCCUCGCACUCGCAAGAUGUUUGAAGGACCUGAGCAGGCGGGAGAAGACGGAGACGAGCCCUGUGGUCACAGGAACUACAUCAGUGCCGUGCUGCAGACGGGCCUUUGUGAUUGGAGCGCCAAAUACUUUGCUCAGCCUGUCAUGAAGAUCCCGGAGGAGCAUGACCUGGAGAGUCAAGUGAGGAUGGAGCGACAGUGGAGGUUUCUGAGAAACACUCGAGUGAGAAGGCAGAGCCGAUGCAUCACGCAAAGAGGUGUUUCCCGUCUGGAUGAUCAAAUAUUCAUAAACCGCAACCCUGGAGUCCCGUCUGUUGUGAAGUUCCAUCCCUUCAACACCUGCAUCGCCGUGGCCGACAAGGACAGCAUCUGCUUCUGGGACUGGGAGAAAGGUGAGAGGCUGGACUACUUCUACAACGGGAACCCUCGUUACACUCGCAUCACAGCCAUGGAGUACCUGAACGGACAUGACUGUUCAUUACUACUCACUGCAACAGACGAUGGAGCAUUACGUAUCUGGAAGAAUUUUGCCGACCAGAAGAACCCCGAGAUGGUGACAGCAUGGCAGGGCCUCUCCGACAUGCUGCCAACCACCAGAGGUCAGCCGUCAGCCAGCACUCACAGUCUUGCCAGAAGGGUCUCCAUCUAUCUUGACAGGAGUAAGCAAGGAGGUGCAGGCAUGGUCGUGGACUGGGAGCAGGAGACCGGCCUCCUCAUGACGUCUGGAGAUGUCCGAGUCAUCAGGAUCUGGGACACAGACAGGGAGAUGAAGGUCCAGGAUAUCCCAACUGGUGCAGACAGCUGUGUGACCAGCCUGUCCUGUGAUUCCCAGCGCUCGCUCAUCGUUGCGGGUCUGGGUGAUGGAUCUGUACGGGUGUUUGACAGGAGGAUGGGACCGAAUGAUUGUCGGGUGAUGACCUACAGAGAACAUGGAGCCUGGGUGGUCAAAGCUCAUCUACAGAAGGAGACAGACGGACAUAUUAUCAGUGUCAGUGUUAAUGGAGACGUUCGAUUCUUUGAACCACGGACGCCGGACUCCAUCAACGUGCUGCAGACAGUGAAGGGGCUAACAGCGCUGGACAUCCACCCAGAGGCCAACCUGUUCGCCUGUGGAUCAAUGAACCAAUUCAUAGCGGUCUACAACUCUAACGGCGAUGUGAUCAGCAAUAUAAAGUAUUAUGACGGCUUCAUGGGACAAAGGAUCGGGGCCAUCAGCUGUUUAGCCUUCCAUCCUUUCUGGCCCCACUUGGCGGUGGGCAGCAACGACUACUACAUGUCCAUCUAUUCAGCCGAGAAGAGGCUCAGAUAACACACCAGCAUUCAUCACCCACCCUCCCUCCUCCACUAUGACUUCUGACCCUGAGCCUCGAGCUCUGGGAUGUAAAUGACGUUUUUAUUGUACAUAUGCAAUUACCAACCUGAAUGUUCUAGUGAUGGCUGCUGACAAACUCAUACUAGGAACUACGAUAUAUAUUAUUAUUGUUAUUCUCAUUCUUUAUUCAUAUUCUUAUUAUGAAGCUAAUGAUUGUAGACUUGGCUGUGCUGAGGAGUGUGUAUAUUUAAAUAGCAUAUACAGAAGAAUAGAGGUUUCUAUUUUAAAGUUGUGGUACCCACCAAUCACUGGGGCUCCUCCUCCUCGCCGCACAGCGAGCAUCCACUACCUGAAUGAACUGUGACCCCAGGGAGCCUAAAAGUGGACAACACACACACUGUUAAAAGACUUUGACUGGUGCAAGAAACAUGGAUUAGCCCUCUGCUGGACCCGGGUGUGUUUGUGGAUUUAUUUUAAUAACGGACUCUGAGUUUGUUGCUUUGCAGCAUUGUUGGAAAGACGUUCCUGAGGACAGACUGAAAGAUGGACUGUGCUCGUUCUUGCCUGACACGCUGACCAGGCAGACAUGAAGGGUGUUUUGUUUGUGCGUACGUUCAUGCAUGCGUGUGUGUGUAUGAGUGUGUGUUUGUUCAAAUGGAUCAUAGCACAGAGGUGCCCACAGUGGGACCUCACCGCCUUUGACUUUAUGCCCAAAAAAAAGAUGCCUGCUCCCAUGAUAGCACUAUUUCCUCCUUGCUUCCCGGCCCGAAGUGUGCCAAACAUAAUCAUCAUUCAAACUUAUCUUUUUUGUUUUAACUAAGAGCCUGUAAAAAGGGAAAACCUUAACCCUGGAAUGAUAUACACCAAAAUAUCACUAGAGAGAGGAGGGGUAGGCCCAUUAACGCUAAGCAGGGUAUUCUGCAGGGCAUCUGAAGUACCUGCCUCCCUGCUCUGCAAAGCAAUAAAAACCUCUGUUGUUUUAGUCUAAAGCUCCUCGUGGACGCUUCAGGUAGAACACAGCUCCUCCUCAGUUUGACUGAGGUAGCAGUACAUCGUGCUGUUGACAGCUGAACACCGUAACAUUUGCCCAGAGCUUGACCUGCAGUACCAAGUGCCACACUAUAGCAAUACAAACACACGCUUCUCCAUCCAUAGUGGUGUGAUUUUUGAGUUUGGGUGGGUGUGUUUUUUUCACACCAGAGACAGGAAAGUAUCAAUCUAAUUGAUUUGUCCUCUGAUGUUUGUGUCCUUUUUUUCCUCAAUCAACUUCUCAAGACACCCUUAGAGCACACGGCACUGAAGGUGUAAAGACGUUUUAGAGAUAAUCAGAUGCCACUCUCUCUACCAUUUUUUUUUUUCAUUUUGACACAUUUUCUGUAGGUUUCCCCUUUUUUUUUGUCUUUCAGUUUUUAAUUUGAUUUUAUUUUCAGAUUUGUUUGGUUUGAUUCUGUUGAACAAAGUUGGAGGCUUUACAAGAAGUUUCAUGUUAAUGAAAGGAUCAAAUCUGUGGCGCUCUCUUUCACUCUCCAGCUGUUUGUGCUCACUGUGCCCAGUCCAGUGAGUCUCGCUCAGGUACCUCAUGAGCACAGUUUGGAACAACUUCCAGCCUCCCUGGUAUCGGUGCCGGUGACAGUAAGCCACAUGAGCUAAUGUUAUGUCACUGCAGAGAUCAUGGAAAAUGUUGACGUGUGUGUAUUUGUGGUGCUGUUUGGUAAAAUGCCUUCUUUUUUUUUUCUUCUUUUUUUUUCUUCAAAGUAUUAUCACCGUCAAUGUGCGUCACCGUGCCUCUUCUCUGGGGCUGCAGCUUUGCUUAUUUAGCUUUUUAAAUCUUUUUUCUCCUUUUUUGUAAUUUUAUGUUUUUAAUUGUGCUGGCAUUUCCUUUGCCUUAGCCUCAGUGAAGUGGGGGGGAACAAGUGUGGACAGCCUUACCUUCACACACUCUCACACACACUCACUGCACUUAGGUCUUUUGGAUCCCCUAUCAUUGCCAACAUAUCCCUUCAUUGCUGCCCUCUUUUCCCUGCUGCCUCACCCAUCUGCAUCAGUCAUCCUGUGCUUUGCUUCCCCCCCCCCCCCUCCCCCAGCAGAAGGAACAACUGGCUCACAGUGAAACUGGAAAACACCAUACAGUCUGUAGAAGUGGCUGCUGUUGCAGUCCCCACAUUACUCCACACCAUCACCCCGUCACUGAGCUCUUGGGCGGUCUUUGGUUUAGCAGGAUUCAACUGCUUCCUAAGAGUUUGGUGUUGGAGCCAUUUUCCCAGAAUCACGUUCAUCUCUAAGAAUCCUGCUUUGAGUUUUAAGAUUUUAGAACAGAAGAAAAAGAAGAGACUUUAUCAAAGUAGUAAGACAAGAAAACUGAAAACAAUCAGGUUUGUCCCUGUGACUGUAGACUGCUCUGCUGACUAUGGUUUAUAAGACAGGAGAUGAAAUCAAUGAAAUAAACCAAAUACAACACCGGA